CUUGAGGAACCGCACUCGUGGAGAUGGGAACUCUCCUAGAACGACAACACGGUCCACAACAGUGUCUAGUAGGGUAGUAACAUACUUUUGAGUCACAUUAAAAGCACCGUAACUUACGCUAAAGUAGCACUUUUAGGUGAAACUACGGUAAGUCCGGCGACACGUAAAUUACGCACCGCGUACGCUGGAGUAGUACGCGGAGUGUAACCACGGAAACGUACACGUAGAGAACACAAAUCGCAUUGAAUGUCUGCAGGUAAGAAUGGCUGGUGUCCAUGCCAAGACCAGAACACGAGCCGCUUCCCCCGAGUGUGCUGCCGGAUCUCCUGAAAGCAUGGGAAGCCUCAGCAGGGGCGUGACCGCAUCUCCGUGUUCCUCUGAUCCACUGAGUCCCCCUCAGACACGAGAUGCUCAGGAGGAAUUCAUUAUGAUGGCACCUGAAGAAAAGCUCAAAUACUUGGACAGCCGAGCUCAGGCGCGCGAGGACAACCAAGAGUGGGAUGCCUGCAUUCAGGACCUGGUGCGUUGUGUGGCUCUGUGUGGGCUGCUCUAUGGAGAUGCACAUCUGAAACUAGCCCAGGCCCAUGCCAGACUGGCUAAAGCAUAUUUCCAGUUGAAAGGCUGGGGCCUGCAGGCUAAGGAGCACUCAGCUCUGGCCAGGGAGCUGCUGCCUCUCUGCUCCCCCUCCACCUCCUCCUGCAGGGAUGACCAGCCCCAGGUUCUUGAGUGCCUCCUGAACGUGAAUCUCACACAUGGUGGCGCUUCCCUACAUACAGCCACUCUUGAAGAGGCAGAGUUCUCUUUCCUGGAGGCCGAACGAGUUCUCGAGGAGCUUCAUCAACUCGGUGGCAUUAACCAGGAAGAGAAGAUGAAGACUGAGCUGGAAAUCUCUACUUGUCUAUCCAGAGUCUACAGGAGACUGAACCGACCAGAGGAGGCCUUGCGCAGGUGUGAAAAGUCUCUGCAAUGGCUGAAGGACUGCGGUAAGCCGGAGAAGACAUGUUGCGUCUAUAGGGACAUGGCUGCCAUUGAACAGGACAAAGGUCAUUUGGACCAGGCCAUAGAGCAUCUCACCAAGGCCCAUGGCAUUGCUAUGAGUCACUGCCCAGAGGAGCUAGAGGGGGCUCAGAUCUCCCACAGCCUGGCCCUCGUCCUUUCUUCUGCUGCGGAGCCCCAUCACAAUGACUCUGCAGGUUGCUAUUUUGAAGAGAGUCUAACUGCGUAUGCAAAGUCUGCAGGUCCAGAAGAUGCAACCUUUCUCACGGCCCAGGACGAUUUCUGUCGUUUCCUCCUCCGCAGCGGCCAGCAAGAGAGAUGUGUGGAGAUCCAGAAAGCUUCCCUCGCCAAAAAGAGAACCACUUUUGGUGACCUGAGUGCCGAAGUAGCAGACACCCUCCUGCUUAUAGGAAGCGUGGAGAUGAGUGGAGGCAGACUGAAGCCGGCCCACAGGACCAUGAGUAAAUGCCUGGAGAUCCAGAGUUUGUUGUAUGGUCCUCAGCACAAGAAGACAAAAGCCACACAAAAAGCAGUGGACAUUCUUGCCCGGAUCCCACAGGUGGUUGAGAGACAACAAAGGCAAGGUAGAAGGGAAACAAAGCGUCACACACGUACAGUUCAACCCUGCAGUGGCAAUGAUGAAAACUCAAUGUCUGACUCUUGAAAUGUUCUUUUUUUAUUUUGC